AUGCCACCCACCAAAACUCCUGACGAUGAUAUCGAGAGCGGCCAAAGCCAGACAACCACUAUCAACGAGGAGACGCCGCUGUUGAUAAGCCAAAGUGAUCAUCGAGCAGGGCCUGAUGAUGAUACUGUUGAGGAGGCAGAACAAGAUGAAAGAAGCAGAUAUACGCGCAGUUACUUUGCUUGGAGGAUAUUCUGGACUGUUGCUGCGAUCACAGUGACGGUUAUCUUUGUCAAGGCUUGGAUCGAUGCUGGGGCGGAUGUCAACUUCGACCUGAAGGGAGCGCUUAAACGGGCUUUGGGUGGUGGUAUAAGCGGUGCUGCGGCCAUGGUGCUUCAGGUGUUGCUUUUGAUGCCCUUACGAACCAUCAUGAACUACCAAUACCGCUUCGGCACCUCAUUCACCACCGCCACCAAGACUCUCUACCGACAGGGUGGCCUCCGUCGGUACUACGAUGGAAUGGGAGCUGCUCUCUUUCAAGGACCAGCAGCCCGUUUCGGCGACACCGCCGCCAACGCCGGCAUCCACGCCCUUCUCCAAUCCAACUCCUUUCUCAAGCGCCUGCCCAUCACGAUCCAGGAUAUCUUCGCUUCGCUCUGCGCCGCCGCCUUCCGGAUGAUCCUGACACCCAUCGACACUUUGAAAACCACGCUCCAAGCUCAGGGACCCCGAGGCACCGCCAUCCUCCGGCAACGUAUCAAGACGGACGGCAUCGGCAGUCUCUGGUGGGGCGCCUUUGCGACGGCCGCGGCGACUUUUGUGGGCAACUACCCGUGGUAUGCGACGCAUGAUUAUUUGCUGGAGAUCAUACCGGAGCCGGCGAAGCACCCGUUGGGGAUCUGGUUGCUGAGAUUGGCGUUUGCGGGAUUCGUGGCCAGCGUGGUGAGCGACUCGGUGUCGAAUUCGUUGAGGGUGGUGAAGACGUAUCGGCAGGUCAACGAUAAGAAGGUCUCUUAUUCCGAAGCAGCGAGGCUGGUUAUUGUCAAUGAUGGCAUCAAGGGCUUGCUUGGCCGCGGAUUGAAGACGCGGAUUUUGUGCAAUGGCCUUCAGGGCUUGAUGUUUUCCAUUCUGUGGAAGUUGUUUCUGGAUUUAUACGAAGCGGGAUUGUAUCCUGAUAUGUAUGUAUGUGUUCAGAAUGCGCAGUAUGUAUUGCGUAGCUCGGACAUGUCUGUCGGUAGGACGAUUGACCAUGCCCAAAUCAGUGUCGACCAAGGACAACCGCGCAGGAACAGAAGAUCGAGUGUAUGCACAGCCUGGACCGAGUGGUCGUGGUGA